AUGGUAAAUCUACCAGUUUCUAAAUCUAAUGAACAACAUAAUGACGAUCUUAUUUUUUCUCAUUUGAGCAAAAUUGAAGAUUUUAUCAUAACUGAUAAGCAACGUUCAGAAACAUUCGCUAACUAUGUUAAACAUUUUUCGGAUUUAAAAUGUGCAUUAUUACCAUCGUCUUUCAAUACAGUUACACCGCUUUCAGUGCAUGUACAUGGCUUUGAAUCGGAACAAAUUUAUCAACAACUUAAAUCAAUCAAUGAAAAUCGAUUUAAACCAUUUUUAGCAGCUAUUCUUAAAAGUAAAACCAAACAAAAAACUUUUGGUAAUUUACUUCGACCACCAUCACCAGAAAAGCCAUCGUCAAUUGAAGAAAAUAUUGAACUAGGAGAAAAUAAUGAUGAUCAAGAAGAUAUAUCGAAAUCAUUAAAUAAAACUCCGAAGAAAAAGAAGAAAUCUGUCACAUUUUUCGAUUCACAUGCAUUGAAUAAAUUUCUUGAUGAACAAGAUAUUCAAGAGAUAUCAAAAUCAAAUCGAAAACCAAGUGAAGAUGAUGAUCUUGAAUUUGAUGAUGAUGACGACGACGAUGAAGAGAAUGGUGGUCUAUCUCUGGAGGAAGAAAAAGAAGAUUUAACUUAUGAUGAAUUUUUCGAUCCACCAGCCGAAACAAAACAGAAAAAGAAAAGCAAACAAGAAAAAAUUGAAAUAGAAAAUGAUCCUAUUGAUUUCGAAGAAAAUGGACGACGACAACAACAACAAGAAGAAGAAGAUGAUGAGGACGAUGAAGAGGAUAUCAAUCUUGAAAAUAAAUCAGAUUUUGAAAAACAACAAAUUUAUUUAAAACGUCAAAUAAAAUAUAUUGAAAAAGAUAUGUUAAGUGCUAAGCCAUGGCAAUUGGCAGGAGAAACUGAUGGUCAUAAACGACCAGAAAAUAGUUUACUUGAAGAAUAUCUUCAAUAUGAUCGAACUACUCGAUUAGCUCCGGUAAUAACAAAUGAAACAACAGAUUCAAUAGAAGAUUUAAUAAAACAGCGUAUACGUGAUAGAGUAUUUGAUGAUGUUGAACGAAAAAAGAAGCCUACCGAUACUGAAGCUCAAGCAUAUAAAAAAGAAAUUGUACUUGAACAUGAAAAAAGUAAAAUGAGUUUGGCACAAGUUUAUGAACAAGAAUAUUUAAAAAAACAAACAAAUGAUAAAACAGAGAAAAAAGACGAACGACAUGAAGCUAUUCGACAAAUGAUGCAAAAUUUAUUUGUCGAUCUUGAUGCUUUAUCCAAUUUCAGAUUUACACCCAAACCACCUGUACCUGAAGUAACAAUUGUUAAUAAUCUGCCAGCUAUUUUAAUUGAAGAAGUUGUACCAACAACAGUUAGUGAUUCAGCAUUACUUGCGCCGGAAGAAGUUCAUUUAAGACCAAAAGGUGAUAUUAAAGCUGAUAGCGAACGAACGGAUACAGAUAAAAAACAUGCAAGACGUUUACUUAAACAUAAACUUAAAUUAAAGUCAAAAGCUACACCAAAGGCAACUAAUCCUGAGGAAGAAGAAAAAGAAGAGAAACGAACUUUAUUGAAGAAACUUGGUAAAAUGAAGAAUGUUCGAAUUGAAAAGACGGAUAAAAAUCGAUCGAGUGAGAAAACGGGACGUAGUUCAACGAAGUUCUUUCAACAACUUCAGCAAUCAACAUUAACAAAUCCAACGACGAAACGUCGUCAUUCGGAUCAAACAACAGUUACAGAUUCCAAACGGUUAAAAUUAUAA